AGAAGCGCCAGCAACUGGCCGGCGCACGUCGACGCCACGUGAUGUCGCCCGUUCAGCCACAGCCUGUGACGCGCGACUCAAGCGUACUCCGAGACAUUGGAGAUAACGUCCAUCCUCUCCCACCCUUUGAAUCCACCACUGAGGGAACACAAGUCACUGGUAACUCAGCAAGGACAUUGCAAUGUCUUUGGAAAGGGAGCGGACUAUCUUCUCUUCGUGUGACUGUCCCAAGUACUUGCGGAGGAGCGAUCAAGUUCACAUGUCUUCUGCGAUGCCAGCUCUCCAGAGCAGCAAUUUGGAUGUUGGAUACAGAAGGCUGUGCUUAUUGGUGAGUCAUUCAUGAACC